GCUUCUAAACAACCCGUUUUAUCUCCAGCCUUUUGCGGUCCCGCGGAUCUUGGUGAUUUGGGGUUUAGCAAAUCAUCGCCUCACCUCUCUCGCUCCUUUAGGCUCCUGACCCCGCCUACCGCCAUGGCAGAGUUGGGCCUAAAUGAGCACCACCAAAAUGAAGUUAUUAAUUAUAUGCGUUUUGCUCGUUCAAAAAGAGGCUUGAGACUCAAAACUGUGGAUUCCUGCUUCCAGGACCUCAAGGAGAGCAGGCUUGUGGAGGAGACCUUCACUGUGGAUGAAGUGUCGGAAGUCCUGAGUGGGUUGCAGGCUGUGGUGCAUAGCGAGGUGGAGUCUGAGCUCAUCAACACUGCCUACACCAAUGUGCUACUUCUGCGGCAGCUGUUUUCACAAGCUGAGAAGUGGUACCUUAAGCUACAGACAGACAUCUCUGAGCUUGAAAACAGAGGAUUAUUAGAACAAGUUGCAGAAUUUGAAAAAGCAGAAUUUACAUCUUCAAAUAAAAAGCCCAUCAUAGAUAUUACAAAACCAAAACUUGUUCCAAUUAACGAAGUUGGAACAACAGAACUCCUAAACAAGGAGAUUUUAAGACUUCAAGAAGAGAAUGAGAAAUUGAAGUUAAGGCUGAAGAACAUUGAGAUGCAGGCUACAAAUGCAUUGGAUGAGAAGUCAAAACUAGAACAAGCACUACAAGAUUUACAGCUUGACCAAGGAAAUCAAAAGGAUUUUAUAAAGGCCCAAGACUUGAGUGACUUGCAAAACACAGUUGCUGCUUUAAAGAGUGAGUUUCAGAAGACACUUAAUGACAAGACAGAAAACCAGAAGUCCCUGGAGGAGAAUCUUGCAACAGCCAAGCACGACCUACUCAGGGUUCAGGAGCAGCUGAGCAUGGCUGAAAAGGAAUUAGAGAAGAAAUUUCAACAAACAGCUGCUUAUCGAAACAUGAAGGAGAUUCUCACCAAGAAGAACGACCAAAUCAAAGACCUGAGGAAAAGACUGGCAAAGUAUGAGUCAGAAGAUUAAAAACUGAAGAUUUCCGGAUACUGCCACAACAUGAACAAACCAACUGCCUUCCACCUCAGGCAUGGAUUCUGAAGCAUUUCAUCAUAUCCCCUCUCCCUAUUUUUGUAAUAUUAUACUUUGCUUAUGAUAUUUUGAACUAGAAUCCCUAUUUUCAGUUGUCCAGUGGAGAAGAGAAGAAAUGUAAUGGCUCUGGCCGAUUACCCCUGCCCAGUGAGCACUCUGCCAAGCUCCAGAGGCGUAGUUCAAAUACAGUGGGAAACAUUGACAAGAGGAAGAUUUUUAGAGUGGGAGGAAGAGUCUUAGCCUUUUACAUUAGCAUAAAAACUAUAUCUUUUUAAUGAAUUAAAGAAGCUAACAAUAUGUAUAGUUGUGCAUUCCCCAAAGGUAAAAUAAACAAUAGUUAUUAAAGUUA